AUGUGGGGCCGCAUAUUUCACUUUACUGCCGACGCCGUUCUCAUUUCCGCAGUGCUUGCUGGCAUCAAACGAAACACAGGAUUGAAACCUGCUGUAUCCCAGAUCGAAAACGACGAUGUUCGGAAAUACGUGCAAAAGUACCUCGACGUGGGAGAGUGGAUGUUUGACAACAGCGUUGUGUUUAUGAACAACUCGCCUUAUUUUGAGCGAAAGAGCGACAGCUAA